UGAGUCUAUUAUACCUUACUUACACUGCCAUAAUCGGUCGUUGUUUCAUCUUCAAUCUUCAAGCGGCCGAAACUCCCAUUCAAUAUGGGAUUCCCCGCCGCUCUCCGAUCCCGCUUGAGGCCCAACACGGCAGACAAUGAGAAGCGUCACGACUCCUCGUCGCCGUCGCCGUCAAGCCCCGUCUCUAAAGAGCAGGCCGCCGGACUGAGCAAUGCCGCCAUCAAACGGGCCACGCGAAUGCGCCGGGGCUUUGCCUUGAGCGCCUCCUUCGCCUACGUGCUCUCGUGGAUCUUCUUGAUCCUGGUCCUCAUCGGCAACACCCACCCGCGGCCCGUGCUCUCCAGCAUCUACUUCUUCAAGCUCAACCUGGCCGACAUCAUCCCGACCUCGGUGCCGAACGCCAGCCUGAUCAACAGCAUCGCGCAGUCCAUCGGCCUGCACGACUUCUACCAGGUCGGCCUGUGGAACUUCUGCGAGGGCUACGUCAACGUGGGCAUCACCUACUGCUCGCCGCCGCGGACGCUGUACUGGUUCAACCCGGUGGCGGUGCUGAUGAGCGAGCUGCUGGCGGGCGCCACCAUCGCGCUGCCGACGGCGGUGAUCACCAUCCUGUCGGUCCUGCGCAUCUCGUCGCAGAUCAUGUUCGGCUUCUUCCUGACCGCCGCCGUGCUCGCCUUCCUGCUCGUCUUCGUCUCGCCCCUGGCCGUCGCCUCGCGCUGGUGGAGCCUGCCGCUGGCGAUGGUGGCCUUCCUGCACGCCACGCUGUGCCUCGCCGCCAGCACCGUCGGCACCGCCAUCGGCCUCGCCUUCAAGUACGCCGCCGAGGCCCAGAGCGACCUCAACAUCCACGCCGAGGUCGGCGUCGAGAUGCUCGUCUUCAUGUGGCUGGCCACGGGCUUUGCCAUCUGGGCGUUCGCCGUGCACUCGGGCAUGGGCUGCUGCUGUACGUCGCGGCGGGAUCUGCGCAUCGGCAGGAGGGUGCUGAGGGAGGGGCGAGUGGAGCGGCAAUGACGGUCGGCGGCGGCUUUUAUAUAUAUAUAUAUUUUUUUUCUCCUUAGUUUCUGUUGGUUAUGGCUCGAAGUGCAUGACUGCUUUAUAGACUGGUACAUACCGUGACAUGGGUUGGAUCGGG